CGCCCCGCUGCCCCUGAAGAGCAGGAAGCGCCCCUGCAGCUUCAGAGGAAGGCUCGUGCACGCUCUGGCUCGUGCACGCUCCGGGAUACAAACUGCGUGAAGCUUUUGAUCUGAAGAGAAAGAAGGAAAAGAAGGAAAGAAAGAAAGAGAAGGAGAGAAGAAGAAAGAGAGCGAGAGACUGCAGCUAGCUAACAGUUUCUGAGCCCCUCUCCAGGAUGGAGGCGGAGCCUCACUGCAGCUCAGCUCAUGUCACGGAAGGCGGAGCCAUCAAGGACCACAGCCAAUCAGCAGGCACGCUGGUGCAGCCACGGGCCAAUGGGGCAGCAGCACAUCACAGCUCAGAUGAAGCUCCGCCCACUCUGCCUCACCGGUCGGCGGAUGCCAGCAGCAGUGACGAGUCCCUGAUGGACAGCUCCUGCACCAAUGACGUGUCCCGCCUGCGAUCCGGGCAUCCGUCCUCUGGGACCUGCACACAGAAAGCCGCCGCCGGUUCUUCGGGGUCGUCUCCUCCCAUCUGUGCUCCUCCGUCUCCGUCCUUCAACCGCCUUGGUCCUCCUCCUCUUCCUCCUCCAUCUUCCUUGCGGUCGUCCACCUGUAGCGGGCAUCUUCAUCAUCAUCAUCAUCACCGCCAUGACCAACAGAGGACUAAUCAGAAGCGCCCGUCCUCUACUAAAAGCCACGCCUCCUUCAAGUUGGACGCCGCCCACAUCAAGGAGGCUGCUGGAGACGACUGCUGUGUCCGCUGUCUCCUGUCCUGCCUGUACUGCGAGCUGCUGUCCCUGUGCGCGGCGCUGGGGGAGUGCGUGGCGUGCGGAGUGGGCGGGGCCGGCUGCUGCGACUGCUGCUGCUGCUGCGUGGAGGCGGCGGCGGCGGCGUGCUCGGAGGAGGCGUGCCAGGCGGCGCUGGACUGCGGCGUGCUGGAGGGAGGCUGCGGCUCGUCCGACUGCCUGGAGGUCUGCCUGGAGUGCUGCGCCAUCUGCUUCCCCUCCUGACGGCCAAUCAGAGGCCGGCGCCACACAGACCAAAAGCGGUUUCAGCAUUUUGAUUUUCACUGAAGAAACAGUUUUAUUUCUAUUUGAAAUGAAGAAAUUUCACAUCAAAACAGAAACGGUUUGUUUUUCUGGUCUUUUUUUUUUGGCGACGAAGAAAACUUUUGCUAUAGUUCAACUGCCUGAUAAUAAAGCUACAGGUGCUGAUAAUAUCACUGCAGAGCGCCUGAAGUAUGCUACACCUGAAGCUGCUGUACUUCUGGCCUUAUGCUUCACUGGCUCCAUGAUCCAUGGGCUACUACCUGCCUCUCUAUUGUCUGUUACGCUCGUGCGUCAUUAAGGAUAAAGCUGGCAAAGUUGGGAGUGUGGAUGAUUACAGACCGAUAGCUUUAGCCUGUGUCUUAUCUAAAGUCCUUGAGAAAAUAUUGCUGGGUCGAAUGUGUCAAUGUAUAAGUACUACAGAUAAUCAGUUUGGAUUUAAAACAAAGAUGGGAACUGAUCUAUGCAUCUACAGCUUAAAAGACAGCACAGGUGUAUUUAAGACAAAAUUCCUCUGUGCUAGUAGGAUUUAUCGACGCGUCGAAAGCGUUUGACAGAGUGAACCACCGGAAGCUUUUUGAUAAAUUAAAACAAAGAAAGGUGCCUGAGACCGUAAUAAGGAUUUUGUCUCACUGGUACUCUAAUCAGAGGAUGCAGGUGAAUUGGGGAAGUACAAUCAGCCUCUUUUGGUGUCAGUAAUGCGGUGUGCCAGGGAGGGCUGCUGUCCCCGGUUUUAUUUAACCUCUACAUGGAUGAGUUGUCCCAGCGACUGAAUGACUGUAGAACAGGAUGCAUGAUUGGUAACACUCUGAUCAAUCAUUUCAUGUACGCUGACGAUCUGGCUAUUCUCUCUCCAAGCAGUGCUGGCUUUCAGCAACUUUUGAAUGUUUGUUCUGAUUAUGGACUCAAAUACAAUGUUCAGUAUAACGCCAAAAAGUCUGUUGUACUAAUCUGCCGGACUAAAGCAGACAAGAACCUUUGCUUUCCAGACUUUCUGUCCGACCAAAAGCUGAGUGUAUGCAGUCAAACAAAACAUCUGGGUCAUUUCAUAACAGACCGGCUCUGUGAUGAUGAUGACAUCGCUCGCCAAAGACGUGUACUGUACGCCCAGGCCAAUACAUUGGUUCGGAGAUUUCACAUGUGCACAGAAACCGUAAAAAUCAAACUUUUAGGACUUACUGUGCCCCCCUGUAUACAGCCCCUUUGUGGUGCAAUUAUAAGAAGAGUGCACUACAAAAGCUUAGGGUGGCCCAUAGCGAUGCUUUUCGUAUUUUACUGAAGAAGCCCAGGUCAAGCAGCGCAAGCCUGUUGUUCUGUCAGACUCACGUGAACCCUUUCCACGCUCUCAUGAGGAAUCUGAUGUAUAGAUUCAUGUGCCGUCUGAAUGACUGUAACAACACUCUUGUCCAGGCUGGUGACCCCCAGCAUUAGUGCUGUGCGUUAUCAGUCAGCUCUGUGGAAGCACUGGUACAAGUGCCUUUUAUGAUUGUUUGUGUACUGUCUGUUUUUCUUUCUUUUAGUGGGCCAAGAGCCUGUCAGAUAAAGAUAAUCUUUUCAGGAGUUUAAGAAUCUUUAGGAACGAUUUAUUCAAAUAAUCUGAGAGAAACUUGAACAAUCGACUUAAUAUUUAAUGAGCCCAAUUAAUUCAGAGGUGUCUCAUUUCAGGAAGGUGUGGCGUUUCCACGGCAACCUGAGAAAAGAUAACGUUACUUUGAUCUAAUCUAAAAGCCAGAACGGAUCCAUCAUUGAGAAAUCAAGCUGGAUUCAAACAAACUGACUAAAAGAAGAAAUAACAGAAAAAUAAAACUUUCAACAAAAUAAAUUGGUUU